GGCGAACGACGAGCUGAUCCCCUUCCAGGACGAGGGGGGCGAGGAGCAGGAACCGAGCAGCGACAGCGCCUCGGCGCAGCGGGACCUGGACGAGGUCAAGUCGUCCCUGGUCAACGAGUCGGAGAACCAGAGCAGCAGCUCGGACUCGGAGGCAGAGAGGCGCCCGCAGCCCGCCCGGGACUCUUUCCAGAAGCCGCGGGACUAUUUCGCCGAAGUGAGGAGGCCCCAAGACGGCGCGUUCUUUAAGGGCCCCCCUUAUCCUGGGUACCCCUUCCUGAUGAUCCCGGACCUGAGCAGCCCGUACCUCCCCAACGGACCCCUCUCUCCCGGAGGAGCGCGCACGUACCUGCAGAUGAAAUGGCCUCUCCUGGAUGUCCCCUCCAGCGCCACAGUCAAGGACACCAGGUCACCAUCCCCAGCACACUUGUCCAAUAAGGUUCCUGUUGUUCAGCACCCACACCACAUGCACCCCUUGACGCCCCUCAUCACCUACAGCAACGACCACUUCUCUCCUGGCUCCCCUCCCACACACCUCUCCCCAGAGAUUGAUCCAAAGACAGGAAUCCCCCGGCCCCCUCACCCAUCUGAGCUGUCUCCAUACUACCCACUUUCUCCCGGAGCUGUCGGACAAAUCCCCCAUCCGCUCGGCUGGCUUGUCCCACAGCAAGGCCAGCCCAUGUACUCCCUCCCUCCCGGUGGCUUCCGGCACCCCUACCCCGCCCUCGCCAUGAACGCCUCCAUGUCCAGCCUGGUUUCCAGUCGGUUCUCCCCUCACAUGGUGGCUCCAGCCCAUCCUGGUCUACCCACCUCAGGGAUCCCCCACCCCGCCAUCGUGUCGCCGAUUGUCAAGCAGGAGCCUGCACCCCCCAGCCUGAGCCCGGCUGUGAGCGCGAAAUCACCGGUCACAGUGAAAAAGGAAGAAGAAAAGAAACCCCACGUGAAGAAGCCUCUUAACGCCUUCAUGUUGUAUAUGAAGGAGAUGAGAGCCAAGGUGGUGGCUGAGUGCACCCUGAAGGAAAGUGCGGCCAUUAACCAAAUCCUGGGAAGAAAGUGGCACAACCUGUCCCGAGAAGAACAGGCCAAGUAUUACGAACUGGCCCGCAAGGAGCGACAGCUUCAUUCCCAGCUCUACCCGACCUGGUCAGCCCGGGACAACUAUGGUAAGAAAAAGAAGAGGAAGAGAGAAAAGCAGCUGUCACAGACACAGUCCCAGCAGCAAGUUCAAGAGGCAGAGGGUACUCUGGCCUCCAAAAGCAAGAAGCCAUGUGUUCAGUACCUGCCUCCAGAGAAGCCCUGUGACAGCCCUGCGUCCUCCCACGGCAGCAUGCUGGACUCCCCUGCCACCCCCUCCGCGGCCCUGGCCUCGCCAGCCGCUCCUGCUGCAACCCACUCAGAGCAAGCCCAGCCUCUCUCCCUCACCACCAAGCCGGAGACCCGGGCCCAGCUGGCUCUCCACUCAGCUGCCUUCCUGUCGGCUAAGGCCGCGGCCACCUCCUCUGGCCAGUUGGGCAGCCAGCCGCCCCUCCUCUCCCGACCCCUCCCCAUCGGGUCCGUGCCCACAGCUCUGCUGACUUCUCCUCCUGCCUUCCCAGCCACACUCCAUGCCCACCAGACCCUGCCAGUCCUCCAGGCCCAGCCUCUUUCCCUGGUCACCAAGUCUGCCCACUAAGCUGCCCCCUGACCUACGCAGGCUGUCGAGUGACUCAUCGAGUAGUAAUGAUUCAGAAGAAAAAAAAGGAAACUUUAUUGGUCAAUAUUUGACCACUCUGGACUGUUCUGUAAAGUGACUGGUAACAGCAGCAUUUUACAUUUUGUAGAUGUAACCAGUAGCUGAUCUUAAGGCUUUUUUUAAAAAACAAAACAAAACAAACAAAAAAAUUCUUUAAAAGAAAGAGAACUGAACAGUAGUGUGUUGUUCUCCCCUGCCUGCUGUCGUGGAUGGACCUGGGCAGAAGACACCCUUCUCUCUACCUCUCGCUCUCCAGCACCCCGUCACCAUGCGCACCACCCCCACCAGUCUGCAUGCUGGCCACUGCGGCCAUUCCUCUGUUCUUCUGCUAGAUCCCUCUCCGGGACGUGUACUUUUCUCUCACCCACGUUUUUCUCCUUUCCUCAAUUCCGUCGGUUCUUCGCCUUCUUGGUCCUCUGCCCAGGAUAAGGCUGUACCACGUGAAAAGCCAACUCUGCCUGAUUUGCCUCCACCAGCAUCCCCUGCCCCUCCGUGAGCCCUAACCCACCAGCCUCCAGCUCCCAGCAGGGAUCGAGGGCCUCUGGAACGGUUCUUCCCACAUUUGAAGGGACUCAAGGUGUGUGCCUGUCACUUCCUCCUCGAAGAAGUCUGUGUUCCACCCCCUUACCAGUCGAGAUUUGAUCGUCCCCUGAAGGUCCCAGCGUGGCAGAUGGGACCUGGCUCCCAGGCCUGGCUCCUGUGCCCUGGGUGAGUGCUAGCACAAUCUGCCAAAGUUCUAAAGACCCUCCUCCCCACCACCUCACAUGCUUCUGUGUGUAUUUCUUUUUGUUUUUAUGGGUUUUUUUGGAGCAAUUUAAACUCCCAGUUGUUUAUUUUCACAAAAGAAAAUAAAAUUGCAGUUGCAAGACCUUUU